AUGUUAACAAAGAUGAAUGAAGUAGAAAUCACAAAUGUUAAUUUCCUUCAAAAUUCAACAACUAGUGCUUCUAUUAAUCCUCCUCCUUUGAAGAGAAAAAGAAACCUCCCCGGAAAUCCAGAUCCUGAAGCUGAAGUUAUAGCUUUAUCGCCGAAGACUUUAAUGGCUACAAACAGAUUCUUGUGUGAAACGUGUGGGAAGGGUUUUCAAAGAGAUCAAAAUCUACAACUACAUCGACGUGGACAUAACCUUCCAUGGAAGCUUAAGCAGAGAACAAACAAGGAAAUAAAGAAGAGAGUUUAUGUCUGUCCGGAGAAGACUUGUGUUCAUCAUGAUCCUUCGAGAGCGCUUGGUGACUUAACUGGGAUAAAAAAGCACUUUUGUAGAAAGCACGGUGAAAAGAAGUGGAAGUGUGAGAAGUGCUCAAAACGCUAUGCUGUUCAGUCUGAUUGGAAAGCUCAUUCAAAAACAUGUGGUACUAGAGAAUACAAAUGUGACUGUGGAACUAUCUUUUCAAGGAGAGAUAGCUUCAUAACUCAUAGAGCUUUCUGUGAUGCCUUAGCAGAAGAAACAGCAAGGGUAAGUGCAGCAUCAGAAAUAAACCACAACUCAUUAAGGAGUAACAUUGGUAACUACAACAUGAUGGGAACAUCUUUAGUUCCUAACAACAUGUCAACCCAUUUUCCUUCAAUUUUCAAAACAAUUUCAUCUCCUGAUCAUCAUCAUCAUGAAACAACAACCAAUCAAACUAGAGGGCUCUCCCUUUGGAUGAACCAAACAUCUCAGCCUCAUGAAACAAUGAUAACCACCAAUGGAAACACUAACUUGCAUGAGAUUCAUGUUAAUCAACAUUUUGACUCAUCAUCAUCAAGAGGAUUAAUAUACGGCGGGAUUGAGAAUCCGAACUCGAAUAACUAUCAGCUAAAUUGGGUUUAUGAAAAUAAACUUCCCACAAAUUGUAGCCAAGAGUUAAUCACUAGCGCAGCAACUUCACUUCCUUUAGGAAUCAAUAAUGUUAAUGUUAAGGAUGUUGUUGCUACUCAUCAUGAUGCUACAAGCCAACAAAUAUCUUCCUUGUAUAGCUCACAACACCAAAUACCAUCGCAUCAAACAACAUCAUCGGCAAACAUGUCGGCUACAGCUUUGUUACAGAAAGCUGCUCAAAUUGGAGUAACCUCGACCGACACAUCGUUCCUCGGAAGCUUAGGUUUGAAAUGCAGUGAUAAUAAUAAUAUUGAUGUGAACAAGCUUGGUGGUGGUGCUGGUAUGUAUGGUUCAAGUUCAUUACUCAUUAGUCUUGGAAAUGAGGAAGAUCACAACACUACUGCAUGUGAUUUCUCACAAAUGCACCCUUCUAAACGUAGACAUGUCCAGAGUGAAGAGAAUGGAGGUGGAGGGCAAACUAGAGAUUUUCUUGGUGUUGGUGUGCAAACCAUCUGUCACCCUUCAUCAAUCAACGGAUGGAUUUGA